AUGUCGAGCAACGAAUCCGUCCACCCUGACCCCGGCGUCGUGCCUCACGAUCCUCCCGAGACCGACAACCUGACGGGAGGGAUGGAGCCUGUCAAACCUGACGAGACGCCAGCAUUGGCCAAACUGCCCAAAGAGAUCACGACGACACUGUCGAAGGCUGAUGAGAUUCUCGUGCGCAUCAGCAAAUUGAUCAAAACCACUGCCGGGCUGGGCGCAGCUCUCUCAACUCUCAACUACUCCAUCUAUCUCGCCGCAUACCUACAUACCAACGCGCCUACUCGCGCUGCCGUCAUCACAUACGUUUCACGGCUGAUAGGGCGGACGCCAUCGAAACUGCCCGCCGGUGCGCUCGCCCCUGCGGCGCCCACGUCGUUUUUGACCCCGUUGGGCUCCCUGAUCUCCGAUACACGCACCACACUGCGCCUGACAGGUCUCGUUCCGUUGUAUUUGUGGCUUAAGACGCUGCUAUCCAAGAAGUCUGCGGCCGAGAUGGACCCAGCGCUGCGCCGAGUCGCCCUGCUUCAAUGCACUGCAUACAUGGCCUUUCAGGUAAUCGAGAACGUCUACCACCUUGUAAUCAAGGGCGUGGUACCGGCUGAAGUGGUGACAAAACGGGGCGGCGUCAACAAAUGGGUCGCCUGGAGCUCCCGCGCAUGGUUGGUCGGUGUGGCCCUUGACUUCCUGCGUCUCCAGCGCGAGGCACAGCUCGACAAGUCCAAGCGGACAACCAAGUCAGUCCAAGAAGAAGAGGACUUUGACCGUGCGUGGUGGAAUGAAUUUAUGGUCGCUGCGUCCUGGAUGCCUGUAGCUGUUCACUACAGCCUCUACCCAGAAGGUAUUAGGGGCAUGAACACGGGGUUAGUGGGCUUCUUUGGCCUGAUGGCUGGCUUGAACAAUUUCCGGAGCCAAUGGGCUGCAACUGCUUAG